GUACAAUUAGCCCGGCGCUUCCGAGUUUCUCCUCAAUACUGACACUGUGUUCACUGCUUGACAGUGUGUGCCAUAAGUUGUUUCCUCCCAAGACUAAACAUUCGCACUACAUUGUAUCUCCUUGACAAUGCAUUCGGAACGAAAGCGUGUUGCCAUCGUUGGUAGUGGAUGUGCCGGCUUAGGUGCGGCAUGGGCAUUGCAGAAUACUGAUCAUGAAGUUCAUGUCUUUGAGAAGUCUGAUCGUCUGGGAGGCCAUACAAAUACACAGACCUUCACACAUGGCGAGCAUUCCACUCCUGUUGAUACUGGCUUCAUUGUCAUGAACUCUGCCACAUAUCCAAAUCUGAUCAGAUUUCUAGACUAUGUCAAGGUAGACAUUGUGCCUACCGAGAUGACUUUCAGUGUGUCUCGUAACCAUGGCGAGUUUGAAUGGUCCGGCUCUGGGGAGGGCAUCUUUGCUCAAAGGGAGAACAUUUUCAAACCUAAGAUGUGGCGUAUGAUCUUCGACAUCAUUCGCUUCAAUCAGUUCGCCUUGGAUCUUCUCACCGAGGAUGACUCUUCGCGCACAGAUCAGACGGUUGGUGAUUAUUUGGAGGAGGAAGGUUAUUCCCAAGCAUUCAAGGACGACUACCUUAUUCCUAUGACUGCCGCGGUGUGGAGCACAUCUCCAGACAAAACAAGUUUGGAGUUUCCAGUACUGACGCUGGUCCGUUUCAUGUGGAAUCACCACCUGCUGUCUACCAUUGCAGCACGACCCACUUGGCUGACCAUCAAGGGUGGCUCCCAAAAGUACAUUGAUGCUAUUGUCCGCAGCUCUGACUCGAGAAGGUUUCACUUUCACACAUCAACCCCUAUCACGGGUGUGACGAGGAUGAACCAGAAUGGUAAAUCCGUCGUGGAAGUCAGCUACAAGAGCCCAUUGAGUGGUACUCAAGAGUCGUCGACCUUCGAUCAUGUAAUCAUGGCUUGCCACGGAGAUGACAUUCUACCUCUUCUGGCUGCCAAAUCGCGAGUACCGCCGUCAGAGAAGGAAGAAGAGAUCUUGGGUGCAUUCCAGACUUCUGAGAAUAUCGCAUAUCUGCACUCCGACCUCUCCUUGAUGCCUCUGAGAAGGCCGGUCUUCACAGCAUGGAAUUACUUGACAACUUCCGCAUCAUCAAAGCUCGAGCAUCCUGCUGGUGUGAGUUUGACAUACUGGAUGAACUUGUUGCAACACAUCCCAGAGUCUAAGUUUGGGCCAGUGCUGGUCACGAUGAAUCCGCCUCACGAGCCUGCGCCAGGGUGUACUCAGGGUAAAUUCGUUUAUCGACACCCACUUUACACUCCAGCAGCUGUCAAAUCGCAAAAUAGACUGAACGAGAUUCAGAAUACCUCGGGCAUCAGCUAUUGCGGCGCCUGGACAAAGUACGGCUUCCACGAAGAUGGCUUUAGCAGUGGUCUAAAGGUCGCGAUCGAUCAUCUGGGAGCGACUUUGCCGUUUGAAUUCAAAGACUCGACGUUCUCGCGAGGAAAGGCACCUCAGCUGAACUUGAAGGAUCAUGCAGUGCGCACUGUGGUUGUCUGGAUUAUGAGAUUUGCAAGUCUGUUCGGAGUGUUUUUAUCUCUACCACCGGUCGCUUUCGCAUUGUCAGUUUUCCUUGGUCUUCUUGACAGAGUGUUGGGCAUCAAGAUCAAAUUUGAUUAGAGCAUAGGAUAUAGCGUGGUAUCGUGGAGGGGAGAAAGGAGUCCAUAAAAAUGUUUCGCGAGAGCAGAUAGAAUGCGCGUGGCCGCUACAGUUGUUGGAACCGAUUCUACAACCACACGAAUAUCAUAUAUCUCAAUGAC